AUGGCCGACCAAUACACUGUGUUAGAAGAAUUAGGCAGUCAGUGUACUAACACUGCGGCCGUUCAUAUAUGGCUGACUAGUGUCUACGUAGGUGGCAGCUUCGGUGUUGUCUACAAAGGGAUUGAGAAAGCGACUGGUGAUGUUGUUGCGAUCAAACAUAUCGAUCUCGAAUCAAGCGACGAUGAUAUACAAGAUAUACAGCAGGAGAUCUCUGUACUGAGCACUUGCCAUAGUCCUUUUGUAACACAGUACAAAGCAAGCUUUCUUCGAGGGCAUAAAUUAUGGAUCGUGAUGGAAUUUCUCGGCGGUGGCUCCUGUCUGGACUUGCUGAAAACGGGACCCUUCACGGAAGCACACGCUGCGAUCAUAUGUCGCGAGAUACUCUUGGGACUAGAUUAUCUGCAUCAAGAGGGGAAGAUCCAUCGAGACAUUAAGGCUGCAAACAUACUCCUGGCUCAGUCCGGAAGAGUUAAACUUGCGGAUUUUGGUGUUGCUGCACAACUUACGAACAUCAAAUCACAGAGAAAUACUUUUGUUGGAACACCGUUCUGGAUGGCACCUGAAGUCAUACAACAAGCGGGUUACGACUUCAAAGCAGAUAUCUGGUCAUUAGGUAUCACUGCAAUCGAGAUGAUCCAAGGAGAGCCCCCUAACGCCAGCACGCAUCCAAUGAAAGUUCUAUUCUUGAUUCCCAAAGCACCUGCACCAAGUCGAGAGUUCAAGGAUUUUGUAGCCGCUUGCCUGGUGAAAGAUCCAGACCGGAGGCCAACGGCGAGUGAGCUCUUGCAACAUCGAUUUCUGAAAAGCGCCGGUCCAAUUGAGGACUUGCAAGAGCUUGUAAGGCAGCGGCAGAGUUGGGACGUGCGUCAGGAGAGAGUCCUGCAUCCGAAAUACUAUGAGGAGACAAUGAAUUCGCUCGGUCCAGAUACGGAUCAGGACGGCUGGGUUUUCGACACCAUUAAAGGUCCAGUAGUCUCAAUUCGUGAGGUCGGAGAGACUCAAACACAGAAGCGUCACAAGUUGCCGCGGACUCACGAGAGCGCCUCUGAGACUUCAACUAAAUUCGAGAAGCUCACCAUCCAGGAUGAUCCUCUGAUUGAGUCGAGAACAACAAAGACUGUUCAAAAACAGACCCCCAUCAAGCGUUCGUGGGCCGAGGAAAGCCCAAGCUCGACGAGACGCAGAGACUCGCUACAGAGACAGCCGCUUGCCCCGAGCUUGAAUUUUGGCAAUAUUUCUUCGACAAUACGACAAUUUCGAAGGGUGUCUGAUAAGAAUACCGAGCAGGCGAAGGGGCUACCUAACUCUGUAGAUGAAAACCAGCACCCAGCAGCAGAGCCUGCAACCAAGGGAGCAAUGCUCGGUAGAAGGGCACAUUUGAAAGCGAUUCAUCCAGCAUUUCAAGAGAUCCACGCACAAACCAGGAGCCACGUCAAGCAAGAGCUGCUUUCCCGUGUCGCUUUAGCAUGGGACGCUUUGAACCAAAAUGACGCAGAAGGAGGAUACUUGUUCUUGAGCUCUGUUAUUCGGAAAGUCCAGGAGUAA